UGGAUACCCAUUUGACAGCUAGACGACGAAUUGUGGCUUAAAAUAUUUUGAAAAUUAAAUUAUUAGUAAUAAUGAAAUAAAUUCAGUAGAAAUGCAAGAUAUUUGCGAAAAUAUUCGUACGGCAAUCGAGCACGGCCGUACCGAUAUUAUCCGAUCUCUAUUGGAUGCAUGUGAAAAUGGAAAUACAGGAGAGAGCAUUACAAAGGAAAAAAUUCUGAAUCAGGCUCUCUUAGAGGAAGGGACUUUCCUUCUGUACGCAUCUAAGAUAAAUCAAGUAGAUGUUGUGCGAAGUCUUCUUAGCUGCGGUGCAGAUCCUACAAUUCAAAACUCUCAGGGUUACAAUGCAGUUGACGUUGCAUCUUCUGAUGCAAUACGACGUAUUUAUGUCGAAGAACUCUUAAGAGCUACCGCUGCAUCUGAGCUGGAAAGAGUUGUGCAAUUACUAGCUGCAGGGAUAAACAUAAAUUCCUGGGAUUCAGAGGGGAGUAAAAAUACUCCACUUCAUUGGGCUGCUUGCUAUGGCAACAAAGACGUAAUUAAGUGUCUGAUAGACAGAGGAGCAGAUGUUAAUGCAGAGAAUAGUUGCGGAGCAACCCCUUUACAUGAUGCAGUUAAUCGUGGAGAAGUGACAAUUUGUCAGGAACUGUUACAUUCUGGAGCUAAUCCUCUUGCACGUGCAAACAAAGGAACAUUCGCUGGGAAAACUCCGUAUGAUUUGGCAAUUGGAAAGCCUACAUUGCAUUCUAUGUUGCAGAAAUUUUUAGCAAUCGUAACAUCUAAUGAAAGCAGUAGUAUGCAUAAUGCUAAUACGUUUAUGAGCCAAAACUAUGGAGACCGAAAAGUAUCAAAGUCUUCAAAUUUGAGCCAACUUUCAAUAGAUUCUACCAAUAAAUCAUUUGACCAAAUAUUUGAGGGGAUGAGUCGUGAACCUGGAAUCGAUAGUCCUGUUAAAAGUAUAGGAGAAAGAUAUGGGAUAUUCAAUCUCAUUUGGCCACAGCCGAAGACUAUUAUCGAACUUCCAGACGCACUUCCAUUCAUUGCUGGAAAAGAACUAUUUAUUUCUAUAAUACAAGGCACUGAAUCGAUCCACAGAAUAUUGGAUGUAUGGGAGAUUAGUAGGUCAAUAUUAUUGGAGCUUGGUCAUGACGUUAAAAUUGGUGAAGUACAACCAAGAUCUGGAAAACUAUAUUCCGAUCAACAGAUAGAGUGUUUAGUUAAUGGAAACCUCUUCAACGUUAGUAACGGCUACCAACUGCUGAUUUCUCAAAAUGUUAUUAAAGUAACUGCUGGUAGUUUGGCAGGCUUGCAUUACGCGGUUUGUACGUUUGUACAAAUCCUAAGAUUGUGCAAAACUCACAAAACAUCAGAUGUAUGCGAAAUUGAUGCUGUCUUAGUUAAGGACGAACCAAGAUUCAAACACAGAGGCGUAUUACUGGACAUAUCUCCAAGAGGACGAAUACCCAACCUAGAAUACUUAUUCCACAUGAUCGAUUUAUGGUCAGCAUUUAAAAUAUCUCACUUACAUCUUUACUCUAGGUUGGCACCAAGCUGUGAUUGGCAAUUAUGUUACACUAGAUCAGAAAUGGUGACGCUGGACAGAUACUGCAGAGAUCGGCACUUGGAAUUAGUGCCCGCAUUGGACGUUGACUCAAACGUAAGUCAACGUCACUUACCCCAAAUGUGGCCAGUAUUUCAAGAACUGCUUGCCACCUUUCCAAGUCUAAAUUACGUACAUGUUGGGCCCCGGCUGGCUGGUUUGCUUGUUCAGUUAGAAAAUUUGGACUCAAGUUUAUCUGGGAAUGAAACUGUGGAAACAGAUAUGUCUGAAGUAUUCAAAUCGUACUCUUGUCUCCAAGAACUUUGGCAUAUUUUAAACUUGAAUUCCGAUGCAACGUUAUUACUAUGUUCAAAUGGACUACACUCCAAACCGGACUUACGAAACGUUCCAAGCAAUGUCGUCCUGGUGGAAUAUGGUUUUCAGGCUGACUACGAUUUCUCAGAAUGGACAGAAGUAUUCAGAAAUGCUGGUGGCAAUGUGUUGCCUAGCUCUGGAACAGCAAGUUAUAAUAGUUUGGCUGGAUGUCCGGCUUCGACUUAUGCCAACACAAGAAAUGCUGUAAAAACUGCCCUACAGCAAAAUUCAUUCGGUAUUGUCGUAGCUCACUGGUCAGGUAGCCAUCAUUUGACCCCGCACCCGUUCGCUUGGGUAGGGUUUUUAAUUGCAGCUGGGCUUGCCUGGAAUCCAGCUAGCGAGUUUGAUACUUUCAAUAUGGAAAGCUGUGAUAUGUCUGAACUCCCUAAUACUUCCAGACAACUGACUCUAGCAAAACUGCUCGAUAUUCAUGUUUUUUCGGACUCGGAAGGAAAAGUGGGCAAUGCAAUACUUGAAUUAGGACGCGUGGAUACGUUAGUACUAACAUUGAGCAAAAAUCAAGCAGUAACAGACUUGAAGCAAAUACCAGAUAACAGAGGUUCUACUCUGUAUCGGCUUUUAACUGACCCAGACAAUGUUACGUUAGAUAAUCUAUCGACUGAUUUAUUUGUGAAAAUUACUAAGCAAAUUAAACGCAUUUCCCACUCAUUGUAUGAAGUAAACCUAACAUCAAAGUUUGCUUUAAUGGAAAUUCAGGAACUUCAAUUAACAGCAGACUUGAUGCUGACUGCCUGUCGUAUUGGUAGAACUCUGAUCGGUGUUGGCGUUAAUCCAAAUAGCAAUAUGGGCCUAGCUGUUAUUAACCUUGGAGUAAGCAAUUUACCACCGACUUUUAGGACGGAUAUAGCCAACAAGCUUUUAGCUCAUAUUGAGCAGUACAAAGGUGCAUGGCUACAAAGACACUUGCCUCAAGGGCUUCAAAGUUCCUUGUUAGUGUUAACUGCAGCCUUACAUAGAUUUGUGCCCGAAUCAUAAUCCUAAAUUAAGAGAAAAUAUACAGCAGUCAUAUACAAAAAACAUAGCUAGGCAUGGAAAUGAAAUCAGACUUGGAUAGCCGACAUAUAUCAGUAAUUUGAUAGGAUCGACGACUGGUAGUUCUACCUUUGCCUUCUGACCAUCACUUUCAUCACCUGAGGAAUAUUCUUCCAGAGUUCCGUCCGAGCAGUGGAUCACUCUUUUCGGCUUCUUGGUUUUUCUGGGUUCCAUCUUAUAACAAAAUAGAUACCGAAUAUCAUGCAGAUACAAUGAUAAAAUUAUUGAAAAUCAUUAGCAAUGAUGUAACAUUCUAGAAACAGCUCAUAUAGUAAUCUUCAAUGUAAUGCUGUUACUCGAAAUUGACGCUGUUACUUGUGCCAAGUAAUUGUUGUGAAAAGAUUGUUGUCAUGAAUGUUUACAAUUUA